GAAAGCAUGUCUGUCAGCUAUAGGUUCUCGACAAGCCUAUAUUCCGACACGGCGCGAGUCUGCUACACUUUUCCUCAUUCCAGUAAUUGGCGUUCCUUUGAUCCAUAGACUCUUCGUUUCCCAUCACAGUGUGGAGAUUUUGGCGUUUAAAAGGUAGUUACUAAAGGUUAACCUCCCGAAAAUGGCUGAAAUACAGACAUACCUGUAUGGAAAGAAGUUUCCGAACAGAAUUUUUGUUGGAGGUCUUCCUCUAAAUACCAGCGCAGUUGAACUGGCAGAGUUCUUUGGUGUGUUCGGGCACGUCACCGAAACAAAAAUAAUUUUGGACCAUUCAGGUCUAUCUAAAGGUUACGGUUUCGUCACAUUUGAGACGAAAUCGACCGUCAAAAUUAUUGAAAAUAUCGGUGUGAUAUAUUUCAAAAACAAAAAAAUAAACAUCGGGCCGGCAGUUAGAAAGGAGGCCUCCUUUGUACAGCCGGAGUUAGUCUACUGGCCUCAAAACACAUACAUUCCCCAACAGACCCAAUGUUACAUGGGUUAUUCACCAGUGAUGGACCCUGUUUAUUGGAAUUGUUACGCCAAUCAGCCAUUUCCAAAUGCCAGCAAUAUUCCAGCUGAACCUCAGACCCCAAGGAUGGUGAGGAGCCAUCGAGCAAAAACUGACGUGCCUCCUCGAUUCCAAAAAUAUAGGUUUUAAUAAAGAUUAUAGGCCGGUGUGGGCUGCGUUAGCGGUUUUUAGACUUGUAGUAAGGUUUAACAUAUAGGUAAUUCAUAAUGUAAAAUGCCAAUGCAUUAGUAUAAGUAUCUUAGGUUUUAAGUUUUUCUAUACCUAAAAGAGAAAGGGCAUUUACCCAUAAAUGUUUCUUUGACAUAAACAAAAUAAUUUUUUAUGCACAUCAUAUAUAUUUUGGUCUUCAUAAGGAGCAUAGUUUGAUAGGGCAUAAAAAAAGCUAUCUUUAUGAUGCAAUCUGAGUCUGCAGCCUCCAUCAUAAAGGUGUUUUUGGUGUAUAUGUGCUUUUUCAUAUUACAAAAACUAAGAUUAUAUCUUAAUUUGUAAAUAAAGUAAUAUUUUGUCAUAGUUUCGGGAAGAAAUUUAUGUAACUUUCUUUAGAAAUGUAAGAAGUAUACUUGCUGGGUAUCCAGUCGUGUAUAAAACAGUUGACGUGAAUACAACGUGGUUUAAAUAAAUGGUGUUUGUAAAA